CGCUGGUCUUCAGUUUGCUGGCCUCUGGAAUGGGCAGAUAUCAUCAUCAUCAUCAUCAUCCCUCAUUUCACCUUUGAUUUCUUACACGAACUCCACCGAGAGUCUGUAUUUGUGCACGUCGAUUACACAAUGAUAUGCGGAGGUAAGGUGAUGGAAGAGGCCAGCAGGAGGUUCUCAGAGGUGCUAUUUCUGCGGCUGUCAGGCUUUGUCCCUUACUCUGUUCAGUAACAACGCUCAUUUUCAGCAAGAAUCACCAUGAAGCCAGUCCACGAGCGCAACCAGGAAUGCCUCCCUCCCAAGAAACGGGACCUCCCAGUUAACAACAAUAACACCGCCACCAACAACUAUAGCAGCAGUAGCAUCAGCAGCGGGGCAGGAGGCAGUACCAUUGGGAGUGGUGGAGGAGAGGAGGCCACAUCUUCACAAAGCUCUGGAACGAGUGGAGAACCCCAGAGUGGGGGUGGUAGUGGUGAGUGGGUGCGAGCUCAACCUAGUGUGCAUUUUAGUGGAGUCGAGGGUCCAGAAGGUCUUGUGGGGCUGACCGUGGAUCAGUAUAGCAUGCUUUAUAAAGUUACUUUGCCCACUGGCACCUACUCGCCCACCAGCUUGCACCCCGUUCUUAGCCACAUUUCUCCUGCCUACACCGUUCCCUCCCCGGUGUUACAGCAUACAAGCGUUCCAUACCCUGCACUUGGCUACACUCAGAUACCCCAUUCAUCCUUGCAGUUUGUCAGUUCUCCAUAUGCGACUGCAGUCCCCUAUGCUGUGCCUCCUGGAUUUGUCCCCAGUCCCUUGAUAUCACAUCAGUCAGCCAUUCCGCAGCCGCACCCCGUGUCCCACCUGGUUCCGUAUCCAUCAGUCAUUCAGGAAGGAGUGGUUUCAUCCUCCCCGCAGCAGCAGGUCUCAAGCCAUGCGUACACCAAAAUAGCAGCACCUGGCGGAGUUCCUCUGGUGCUUCCUUCUGAGCAGGCGGCAGCACAACAGCAGCUUGGGACUGUAGGAAUACUGCCUGCUGCAGAGCUCAGCCCACGGGGGGUGCCCGUUUUCUACCAUCCUGCCAUGAGAGGCAUCCAACCUCAAAGAGACAUGCACAGCAGCUCCCUGGAGCAGGAAAGGGAGGUGAAUGGAGGAGACAGAGAUCCCCAUCAGGAUGCUGUUUUUUCAGCCAGAAAUUCACGGCUGCUCCAGGUGGCUCCUGGAGUUGCUGCACUGGAGCCCCAGCAAGACAAAAUCUUGAAAGAACGCAGACAGGAUGGUAGAGUCUCACCUGGCCAGCGCAGCACACCGGACACAGAUCUUGAGGUUCAGCAAGUGGUUGGACGGCUGACCUCUCCAGUCCAUGGGAUGAGUCGCAAGGAAUCAGCACACGUUCCCCUGAAUCUGUCUCAGAGGAGUAGAGAAUCUCAGGGUGAAGUCAGAUCAGCAUACACAUCACACCCUGCUGAAUCCAGAGCUCAACACCAGCAGAUAGUUCAACCAGGCCAUGCUGUGAUCUUGGCCAAUGGGCAGCCUGUUCUUGUGCCCUUGGACUACCAUCCCCACCAACAGCAACAGCAGCAGCAGCAGCAGCACUACUCAAGUCAACCAAAUGAUGUGGCCGCCGCAGCCCUUGUUGCUUCUCCUUCAACAUAUACAAAAGCCGUUGAUGCUUCAGCAGCAAUGUCUCUCCCAGAGCGGGCAGUGGUGGAGCUGACUACACAACAAUGUCAGGAACCCUCCCAGCAGCUUCUUGCCCCAGCCUCUGGUGGUCCUCCUCAAGCUCCUCUUCUUGCUCCAUCAGGCCCAUCACACUUCAUGAAAGGGGCCAUAAUCCAACUGGCGACCGGAGAGCUCAAGCGUGUGGAAGAUCUGCAGACUCAGGACUUUGUGCGCAGCGCUGAAGUAAGUGGUGGGCUGAAGAUUGACUCAAGCAUGGUGGUGGACAUCCACGCUAGUCAACAGCGGCCCGGUUUAGUAGCUCUGCAUUUCAAUGUAGGGGAGCAACAGAGCAAAGUGACUAUAGACGUACCCCCUGAACACCCGUUUUUUGUUUUCGGACAGGGCUGGUCGUCUUGUAGCCCUGAACGGACUGCCCAACUGUAUGGUCUCACAUGCCACCAACUUCAAGUAGGCGAUGUUUGCGUGUCGGUCACACUUGCACAGCAAGCUGCGCCACAGCAGAAACCAUCGCAACAGCAACUUCAACAAGUUCAGGCCAGGACUCCCACCAAAGCCAACUCCACAUCAGGGGCCCCACCUCAGCCCAUGGGCCCCCCUGCUCCCCAGAACACUCGGCCACAAAGCCAACUAAAGAUGGACCGCAUUUACAGAGAGAGGGACCGGGACAAGGAGGAGUCCAUGCAGGUUGGAGGUUUGAGACAUGCUGACGUGCCUCCAAGGCCAAACAGGACUUCAGCAGAGCACACUCAGAGCCAGAGUAACUAUUAUUUGCACACUGAGGGUCACGGAGCUGGAGUCUCUUCCAUAGAGGCAUCCCAGAGGCGCUGGUCUGCCCCUGGCUUCCAAAGAUACAGUAUCAAGAAUGAGGAGGGGAAUCUAGCCUCAGUUGCCACCUCUGGCCCCUCACGGCCCUCCUUUAUCCCUCAGGAGGUCAAGUUGUCCAUUGAGGGGCGCUCUAACGCCGGGAAGUAGCAGCUGCUAUAGCAGCAAACACAAAAGCAAGAGAUUGUCAAUGGAAGCAAAGUGUCAGAGUCGGUUGAAAAGGAUGCAAAAGAGGGAGUGUGGGAGAGCGAGAGAGAAUAUAGCCUCAGAUUGUUUGAGAUUUUGCACAUAUUGGAAGUUUUCUCCUGCCGCUCCACCCUUCUACACUUUUCUUUGCAUAGUUUUGGUAUUAAAGGGAUGGUUUACCCAAAUACGUUUGCGUAUCAUCCUUUAUUUUGUUCCAUGACCCAAUUUGAGUGACUUAUUUCUUCCAUGGAACACAAAAAGAGAUUUCAUUUUGGGUCUAGAGAACAAAUAAAGUCAUACUGGUUUGGAUUGACUGAGGGUGAGUAAAUGAUGACCGAAUUUUAAUUUUUGGGUUAACUAACUCUUUAAGCCAAGAACUUUUAUCGUGUUUUUUUUUUUUUUUUUUUUUUUUUUUUUUGUGCCAGGUCAUAGUCAGCAUCUGCAAUGAUCUGCAUGGGCAGCUUUAUCUGGUAAAUCACAUACCAAAGCCUGCAUUGUCUGCGUGUUCCUGUGGGUGAAAUAUCAUGUUCUGCAACGAUCACUUCUGCAAAGAUAUCUUACAAAUGUAAUGUUCAUUCAUUCAUUCAUUCACAAUUCUUCGAAUAGAUGUUUAUUUGAGAAAGGCCAGGAAUAAGAACGGGAUACAGCCAUAGCAUCUUGACAAGCCUUUACAAGUCUGUUCAAAAAUAAAUAUAUAUAUUUAAAAAAUAUAUUAAACUCCCAGAGGAUAGAUUGUUUGGAUCUUUUUUCAUAAAAGACAGGCUCUUUCUCUUUAAAUGUUUACUUUCCCUUGUUGCUCUGCCAGGUUUUUAUUGGCUAAAACCUUCAAACUUGGACAUUUUUAAAUGUGUCUCUCUCUAGAGAUGUUUUUCCACACUUUCCUACACUUGAUCUACACUCUCCCCCUCUCACUGCCUCUUCUCAGGGUGCUUCUGCAGAGGACUCCUUUCUAGUCUGGAGUUUGAGAACAAUAGCCCAGUGUCGCUCCAACAAUCUUUUUACAAUCAAUAUCCAGGAACUAUUUCCAGAUGAAAUCUAUCACCCAUUUUGUUAUUUUUAGCAGUUUUAUUCAGCAGUUUACUGUUUUCUGAGGCUCUUAAUCUGCAUUCCAAUUUCAGCAUGACCACUCAUCCUCAGCCUAUUGGAAUUUUUUCAGUAAGGCUGGCCUAGGAAAACAGCCUCUCAGUAGUACCUCACGGUUGGAAGCACGCUCCAGUCUGAAUCCGAACUUUUUUUUUCAUUUUUCUUCUGCAUUGUUGUCCUUUUUCCAGAUACAGUAUGUGGUGUCAGUUAAAAUCAACCCUGUUUGCGGAGCUAAGACCAAAUGUGGAACAGGUUCUAGCUUUUUGCGAAUGGCCUGUUCCUGUGGAAACGGAUUAUUGAUACGAAGCACGCAGGUUUAAAUGAAGUUGUCCCUGUUGGAAGCGCACAGAAGUGUAGAUUCACUGCUGUUGGGUGUGGACAAGCCCUGCUCAGUUACCAAAAUCAAAGCAAUAGUUGUAUAACACAAGCCUGGGUUUUGUUCAACACAUUUUUUGUUUUUAAAUCCCUUACUAGUCUAAUUAUUCCUUGCAUUACAGUUUUUCUAUGUGCAAAAUAUGCAGUCUGUCUAUAGAGACAUUUUUAACCUUGUCCUGCACUUCUCGUGAUUUUUCUAAGAUGAUGCAGUUUUACUUUGUGAUAAUCCUCAUUUCUAACAGUUAUAGUUCAUUUAAAACAUCACUUUUUACUUUCAGGUUAGACAGAUUUUCUUUCUGACCAGUAGUGUCUUCAGAGAUACCUAAUAUCAAAGCACACGUCUAAAUGGGGCUUUUUUUAAAGACUUUCAGAUUAGGAGUUAGAUCUGAGGAUUAGUUUUUGUCCUUUCUGUAAAGAUCUGGGCCCUUUACAUUAUGUCCUAACCAGGCAUGACAAAGACAAGAGAUAAAAGUGAUUAAAGAACCAGCUGUACCCACGAAAAGCGACAAGCAGCAGGGUGCUUUUGCAGUCACGUGGUUCCUAUUUUUGUGCUGUUGCGAUUUGAUCCAAAUCUCCUGCACCACAUAACUGUGUAUGUUUAACAUAAAAUAUGUUCUAAUUGGCUGUGAGUGUGUCACAUCGUGCAACAUUUCCACUUUCAGUGUGGAAACUUGUCGCACCACGCCUGGUUAGGACACUGUGUUAAAUCGUAAACUCAUCAUGAAACGGCUCUUUUCCGGAGAGAGCUUCAUAGAUCUUCUAAUUUCAGAUAUGUGCUGAGGUUUUUAUGAUCUUUUCAUUGGUUACUGUAAUUGGUGGACUCUUGUACAGUAUUGUGUUGUGUCUUGGCAAUAUUACCCAUGAGUGGUUCUUAAAAGAUGUACUGCAGGUCUUGUAUUGCACAGAUACGUUCACAUUUAAUUCACACUGACCUUUUACGGAAAUCAGACGUGUUUUUAUUUUAUAUUUUUUUUUAAUAAUGAAGGGAAAAUGUUUGUGUAGUGAUUUUGAAUUAUUCAGUUUUGUCUGUGGUUUUUGGCUCAUGAGAAACUGACAGGCAAGGUUGACACUGUUUACAAAUUAGCCAAGAAUAAAUGCUGCAGUUUCAGUUUUAGUAGUUACUGAAAAUUUUAAAACAGAUGAAAGCAUGACGAAGUGCAAUUAGACCAAAUAUUAGGAAAAUCAUGCUUUAUUCCAAACAGCAUUCCAGAAAAGAGCCUGACAUUCCCAUCAUUAUCUAGCAUAAAUCACAGGAAAUUUGUUUAGUUUUGUUCCGUUUUUUCAUAUUAGUAUUUUCAAUGUUUUAAUACCACUUACUACUCCUUGUUGGAUGGGAAAUUUAAAUUUUCACUUUGGGCCGAGUCUUCAAAUGAGAUUAUCUCCAAUAUUUUUCAGCGUUGUUAUAUCUUGGCAUAGUGGACUUGGAUUUGUUGGGCCAGAAUUGAAUUUAGUAAUAAUCAGUGCUCUUAAGAAUAACUGUUUUAGACUAUCACUAUCAAGUCUUUAAAA